AAGCCUGAGUCAACAACCAAUCACAGCAAAGUUAACGUGGCAAAAUGUGAUUCGCAGAGAGAACUCUAUUUGUCAAGGAAUCCCGAAACAACCAAUCAGAAGCCUGCGUUUGUCUACCUAAACAACCAAUCAGAUGACUGCGCUUGUCUAUAAUAAUGUAGUUGAAAGAUGUAUAAAUACGUGUUGAUUUUCAUAAUAAAACGAUCUGUUGCCUGGCCCUUGUCUUCUGUUGUUACAUUUGGUGUCGCUGCCUACCGACAAAUGAAAAGCCUAUACCCUGCAGUUUUUGAUGGAGACAUAUGGAUCUUCGGGCAGGACUUCAAGGCUUCUGCGCAGUUGAGUGGCGUUCAAGAUCUGUCAGCGAUGGAGCUGCUACUUGGGACGCUGCUGGGAGGUCGGGUGAAAGCAGCAUAUGAAAGUGUGAGCCGAAGUAUGGACGAAUGUUCGACAGGGUCAGGCAAACAGUUUCCAAAGUGGGAAGGACCAUAUAUGGUCACUUCGAGAUGGGGUUACGCAGACACAGUCGCAAUGGCGAACAAUGAGAGGCGCGUGAACGUCAGCGAGCUCCAGAAAUGGAUACAGCGAGACAAGCCAACGAUGACGCCUGCACCAAGUAGAUCAAGCCGACUUCAGUCGCACGUAUUUGACGGGGGGACGAGUGUGGUGAGAGCAGGCUGCUAGCCGAUUGGUUGGCACUAAUCUACGUUAAGGUCUAGGUCACUAAUAUGGGCCGUGAGAAAAUAUGAACAAGCCUGAGUCAACAACCAAUCACAGCAAAGUUAACGUGGCAAAAUGUGAUUCGCAGAGAGAACUCUAUU